AUCCUGGUAUCCAUCUCAUCUGCGUCUGCAACAUUGACCAUACACACCGACAGCUCCAUGAGGUCGCAUAUAGUCUUGCCAAAGCUAUGAGGCCACCUUGCCGUCUACUUCGAGAUGGGCUCGAAGUUAGAAAGCAAUUCCACAGCAGUGCGCAAGCGCAUCGAAAGCCAUACAUUUGACAAUGAGGAAGGAGAGGAAUAUGAGCCAUCCAAGUUUGGAGGCUUCCCUGAAUACUUUCGGCGCAAGAAGAUAAAGCUCCAGAACCUUGAUGCCGAACUACGCGCCAAGUCCGCUGACAAGCCCGCUGUAUUCCGUGGUGUCGUUGCGAACGUCAAUGGGUACACUCAGCCAUCCUUGAAUGACUUACAUAGGAUGAUAGUCGAACAUGGUGGUGGUUUCAUGCAGUACUUGACCGGCAAGACGGCGGUGACCCAUAUAAUUGCGAGUAGUCUUACGCCUAAGAAGGCUGUAGAAUUCAAGAAAUACCGGAUAGUGAAGCCUGCAUGGGUAGUUGAUAGUAUCGCUGCUGGAAAGCUGCUGCCAUGGGACGCCUAUCGUGUUGUGGACGAAGGUGUCGGGCAGAAGAUUCUCGGGUUCGACAGUGGCAAGAUUGUCAGCCAGACAAGCAAACAGUCCAAAGGAUACAGGGACCAGUCAGAUACCAGCUGGUACACAAGCCAACUGAAGCAGUCGGCGUCCACCCCUAGCUCAAGCAGACCGAAGUUUCGGUCACAGAGGCCUCCGACACCCGUUUCCGACGAUAUUGAUGGCGAGGAGCAAUCCGAUCCUGACGACGAUGUGAAAUUGAGGGAGGCUGUCAACUACGAUGUGCCUGAAGGUUUCUUUGACGGUGCCACCCCGAAUACCCCCCCGAAGACCAGUCCUGUAGAAGAAACCCCCCAGAGAGAACUGAUUCCCGAAGUGGAUAAAAGUACGGAGAGCAGGACUCCUGGUGAGAAAGUACGAACACCCAGUAUAAGGGCCCACAAGAGAUCUAGAAGCCCCUCGGCAGAUGCUGCGGCUAAAAGACCAAGAUGGACUUCAGAACAGAGUGGCGCUCUUCUUGAUUCUCCCUCGAAACGGAGUCACUUGACCGCCGAAGAACAUAACGCCAUCUUACUAGCGGAUCCCAAGGUCCGGAAAUCAUCUGUUAUCAAUCCAGAAUUCCUCGAGCAGUACUACCGCGAGUCACGCCUGCAUCAUCUAUCUACGUGGAAAGCUGACCUCAAGUCUCAGCUACAGACGCUUGCGGCGGAAAAGACAUCAUCCCAGAGAGUUCGCCAGAAGCGAGCCCCCGGUGCUAGAAGGUAUAUACUACACGUCGACUUCGACAGUUUCUUUGCAGCCGUCUCUCUCAAAAAGCAUCCAGAGUACAAAGAAAAGCCUGCUGUGGUUGCACAUGGCAAUGGAACGGGAUCUGAAAUUGCUAGCUGUAAUUAUCCAGCUCGCAAAUACGGAAUCAAGAAUGGCAUGUGGAUGAAGCGUGCGUUAGAGCUAUUCCCAGACCUAAAGGUUUUACCAUACGACUUUCCCGCCUACGAAGAAGCAAGUAGAUCAUUCUAUCAGUCAAUCAUGAACUGCAGUCCGGAAGCAGUAGUUCAAAGCGUAAGCAUAGACGAAGCAUUAGUCGAUGUCUCUAACAGCUGCAAUGCAGCUGGAGGAGGCAAUGGGGUCCAUCCAAGUAAAGGUGCCCUAUAUCGUGAACAAGAGCAAGCUAAUGAAAUUGCGACCCGACUACGUGACGAAGUUCUCGCAAAGACUGGUUGCAAUGUUUCAGUUGGCAUUGGAGCCAACAUUCUACUUGCCAAAGUCGCUCUUCGCAAGGCUAAGCCCGCAGGCCAGUAUCAAAUCAAGCCCGAUGAGAUGCUGGAUUUUGUAGGGGCACUCCAGGUACAAGACCUGCCAGGUGUUGCUUGGAGUAUUGGAGGAAAGCUCGAGGAGAUAGGGAUCAAAUUUGUGUCUGAUAUCCGUCAAGUUACGAAAGAAAAGCUGGUCAACGCUUUGGGACCCAAGACUGGUGAGAAGCUGUGGGAUUACUCUCGAGGCAUCGAUCGAUCCGAAGUUGGUGACGUGGUGGUGCGUAAGUCUGUGUCUGCUGAGGUCAACUGGGGAGUACGCUUCGAGAACCAAGAGCAGACCGAUGAAUUCAUUGAGAAUCUCUGCGGGGAGCUGAACAAACGACUGCUCAAAGAGAGAGUCAAAGGCCGACAAUUCACCAUGAAGAUCAUGCGUCGCGCAGCAGAUGCUCCUCUCGAUCCACCUAAACAUCUCGGCCAUGGGAAGUGUGAUACGUACAACAAGAGCAUCGCAUUAGGUGUUGCGACCAACGCGAAAGAAGUCUUGACUAAGGAAGCGCUGUCCAUAUUAAAAAGCUUCAAUAUCUCCCCUGGUGAGCUCCGAGGGAUAGGGGUUCAAAUGACAAAGUUGGAGCCACUGAGAGCCAAUCUCGAUGGGAAAAUCGAGACCAGCCAACGUAGGCUCCAAUUCAAGACUCAUAAUGCUGUUGGAAGGCCACUGCAAGAGUCUGUAUCCGACGAACCGGAUGCAGCAGACGAUUCCAUUCAAGACGACGUCGUCACCCCAAAGAAGCCAAAAGCUCCGCCUAAACAGAUCAAUUACGGCCCUGCUGACCUUCACCAAAGCACACCUCGAAAGAAACCACUUAACACGCUCGGAACGCAAUUUAUUCUGCCCAGCCAGGUUGACCCUACCGUGCUUGAGGAAUUGCCUUCAGACAUACGGGCUAAACUUGCUAGGCACGUCCGUCAAGCAUCUCCUUCGCCAGCGGCGAGGCCCAGACCUCCAGCAUCAACAGUCCUCCCUAGUGAGUCACAACUCGACCCUGAAGCUCUCUCUGCCCUCCCAGACGACCUUCGGGCAGAAGUGCUUGCACACUACGCCCAGGAUCUCGAGAAGUUGCACACAGGCGAACAUGCCGGUCUUCCCCAGUCACCACAAAAAACUCGUAUCUUCGCACCUCCAAAGAAACCUGUCGUUCCCGUAAAGCGUGGCCGUGGCCGUCCUCCGAAAUACGCCAUCGCACCCACCUCUGCCGCUACAAGCAAUGCGACUUCAUCUACUUCAUCAACCCUCACCCAAGCCAACUUCAUCACAUCCCGCCCGACUUCCCGUAACACGGAUGCUCUGCAACAAGUCAACGCUGCUGACGUUGAUGUCGAGUUCCUGGCCGCACUUCCUGCAUCCAUCCGCGCCGAAGUCCUUGCGCAGCAACGGCUCUCCCGACUUAAUAAUAAGUCAGCUCUCACUCUCCCUCGCAAAGCUCCUCCAAGGCCGAAAGCUCCCGUCACUCUACUUCCCUCUCAGCGUACGUUAGUAUUACCACCAAGGAAACCACGGCCAACAUUCACGACGCAGAAGUUCACAUCAAUCGAAAACCUGCGUACAGCAAUAUCCUCAUGGUGGGAUACGUUUAGCGAUGAAGGUCCAUAUGACGAGGAUGUCGGUGCGCUAGGGAAAUACCUCUCUGCCGUCGUUCGUGAUGAGAUGGACAUGCACAAGGCAAUGAAAGUAGUACAGUGGCUGGCCUGGGUUGUGAGUGAGGGAUACGAGCAAGACGAAGGGACAGUUGAAGACAGCGACGGAUUUGCUGGACUGACGGCCAGCCAAGAAAAGGGGAAGCUCAAGUGGGAAGGUGCUGUAGAGACUGUCAAGGUCGUCGUGCGGAAAGCAGUAAAGGAACGUGGGCUGGGGGAGAUAGACUUUUAAUCAGGAGUUUUUGUAUCAAUUAUCGGCGUUGGGAGAUGGAAUUGUGGAUCUGAUACCAAGGAGGCACGACAUAUGGAAACGGAGAUUAUGUUUAUG